UUCGUGCAGCAUUCAAAUGAUUCUCAUCUACUUAAGUCAAGAAUUGCCAAACCAUAGAAAAAAUAUUUAUUUAAAUUGCUCUAGAAUAGUUAUGUGGCUCUAUAUAACAAGGCAAGAGUUUGGAGUUAUGCAGAGUCAUUGGAGAGAAAACAGAUAAAACAAUGGCUGCAGGAGGACAUAUAUUGCCAAUAAUUAGCAAAAAUUUCUGUUCAUCUUCUCAAGUGAUUCUAAGAGUUCGAAAGAGGCCGCAUGUGGUGACCGGAGGAGGUUUUGUAGUCACGGAUUGGAGUCAAAAAGUUAUUUUCAGAAUAGAUGGUUGUGGUGUUUUGGGCAGAAAGGAUGAGCUGCUUGUAAGCGAUGGCAAUGGCAAUGCUCUGCUUCUCAUUCGCAGAAAGGGAGGGCUGGUUGAAGCGAUUAGCAUAUAUAGGCAAUGGAGAGGCUACAGUGUCGAGUUUCAAGGAUCUGACAAGCCACUUUUCAGGGUAAAACAGCCUCAUUCCUGUAUCGUGAAUCAGAAUUUGAUGAAAAUUUCUAUUGAUGAGAAUGAAUACCAAAACAGAAGGCGGGAUUUUGAAAUCAAGGGGUAUUUUCCAGAUAGAGCAUGCAGUAUUGUCGACUCCAAAGGCAAUGUAAUAGCAGAGGUUGGCCCAGAGGAAAUAACAGCAAGAAAUGAUAUGUACCGUGUUGUAGUAAAUCCUGGAAUUGAUCAAGCUUUUGUUAUCGGAGUCAUUGCCGUUCUGGACUACAUAUAUGAUGGAUCAACCAGAUGCUAAAACUGACGAGUCGAGACCCGAAUGUAAAUAACACAGACCUGAACUUUUCAUCCCUACAAACCAAGCAUGAUUUCCUUGUUUUUUGUUAACUAAAUAAAUAAUAUUGAUCAAGAUAUUAUUUUGUAGAAUGUAGAGAAGUCUUAUUAUUCAGUUUUGACAGGUAAUUUCUAUUUUAUCCGGUUGACAUGUCAUGCAAGACUAAUAUGAAGUUUGAGCUAAUUUGAUUUCAA